UUGCCGACUCGGUUUCUCGUGUAGACUACAAAUACGAGUCAAGCCGUGGAUCGACUAGUCGACGACUAGUAUGGACUAGUCGACGUGUUCGAGUCGAGCGACUCAAAAAACCGGACUAGUAUAAAUAGGAUGGCUCAUCCCGCGGGAGACCAAAUCCUUUCUUUCCCCUCCUCACUUGGACGCGCCGCCGGCUGCUGGACGCGCCCGUCGAGCCCUCCUCGCGCCGCCGGCCGCACGCCGCCGCGGAUCUGAAGCUCCACCGUCGCCGGCCCCACGUCGCGGCCCCACAUCACGCUCCACCGUCGCCGGCCCCACGUCACGGAUCUGAAGCUCCACCGUCGCCUUCGUCCCGCGCCCCUCCUGCUCCCUCGUCUCGCGCCCCUCCUCGCGCCGCCGACCCCUCGUGCUCUUCUCCUCUUCAGUCAGGUCUUGAGGUCUGAGCUACAAUGUCUACAACUCCGGACAUAGCUCAAGUAGUGUGUUCAGCAGCAGCUGCAGCUCAAGCCGAUGAGCAUUACGAUCCAUCGAAGGAUCCUGCAAGGAAGCCACGUAGGAGCAAGGACCAGCAUGGAAAUAUGCCUUUUGACCUAAUCUGCAGGACAAAUUGACACUUCAGUGUGUUUUGUGUGGCAAAAACAUCACUUCUAGAGUGCUAAGGAUGAAGAAGCACCUUGGUGGGGGUUACACAGAGGUGAAAAUGUGUCUAAAAGCAAACGGUGAGAUCGGGAAAGAGAUGCAUUUGUACAUGAAGUCCAACUCAACGAAGUUCAAAGCCAUGCAACUUGAUGGGGAUGAAGUUGAAGCAACUAAUGGAGAUGGAGGAGAGGAGGAGGUAGAAGCAAGUUCAAGGGCGUCGAACAGCACUGCAUCCUCCACGAAAAGGAAGUCUUCUUUUAUUGUGACGGCGCCGGUGGCGGCAAAGAAGAAAAGCAAGUCAAUUGCAGAUGAGGUUAGGAAGAUACCAGAGGAGGUGGUUGCUGAGAGGCAUAGCACAAGAAGCACUCAGUUAAAAAUCAAGGACUAUGGAACAAAGACAAAAGAACAAAAGGUUGUAGAUGGUCAUGUAGCUGGCUUUCUCUAUGAGAAUUGCCUUUCACUCAAUAUUAUCAAUUCAAAAAGUUGGGAGAUCCUAUUGGAGUCUAAAGGACAGUAUGGAUCAGAUUAUAUCACACCUUACCAUGAUGUGAGGGUUCCAUUACUUGAGAAGGCAAAGCUCAAGACUGACACUUUGAAGGCCAAGCAUCAAUUGGCAUGGAAGGAGUAUGGUUGCACUCUCAUGUCCGACGGUUGGACAGACAUGAGUGGGCGACACUUGAUCAAUUUUCUUGCCAAUAGUCCUGGAUCUUAUGCUAGAGGACACUGGGAAGUAAGAGAGUUCAGUUAUUGCAUUGUUAAAGCAAAGAAAACAACCAGAUUUAUUUAUGCCCAUGGUAGGAUUCUUGAUCAAAUGAGAACCUUGAAUGGCAAGAGAGAUCUUGUAAGGCCUGGAGCAACUCGUUUUGCAACCUCCUUCCUCACAUUGGCCAGCAUGUGGAAACAACGCCAACAUUUGAAAGCACUAUUUGUUAGCACAGAAUGGCAUGCAAACAAGUUGAACCUCACCCCACCAGGGAAGAUGGGUGAAAAUACCAUGCUCUCUAUGACGUUUUGGCAAUCGGUGGAGAACUGCAUGAGAGCUUCACAACCCAUUCUUGUUGCUUUGAGGAUUGUUGAUGGUGAUGACAGUCGAGCAAUGCCUGAAAUUUGGGCAGCCAUGGAUGUUGCGGAAGACACACAUAACAGAUGCAUUGUCACAAAGGCCAGGCCUACAAAGUCAAGUGCUAGCAAUUGUUGACAAGAGGUGGGAUCACCAGAUGGAGCAAAAGCUACAUGGGGCUGCAAUGUUUUUGAACCCCAGCAAGUUCUUUAAAAUGAAGGAGACUAACAAAAGACUAGCUACACGGCUGCGUUCAAUGUUCAAUGAUGUGCUAUGGAAGAUGGUGCCAGAUGAUGAACUACAAUCCAAGAUAAGUAAAUUGGCUGAUGAUUAUGAGAGGACGGAGGGUGAAUGUUUCACCAAGCAAAUGGCAAAUAAAGACCGCGAGAAAAAGAGUCCUCUACUUUGGUGGAAUGCAUAUGGUGGCCUUGCUUAUGACCUCCAAUCUUUUGCAAAUCAGAUCAUUAGUCUAUGUUGUUCAUCGUCUGGCUGUGAGCGCAAUUGGAGUGCAUUUUCUCAUAUCCAUACCAAAGGAAGAAACCGUUUGGAGUAUAAGAGAUUGAACAAGCUAGCAUAUGUCUCAUACAACCGGCAAAUGACAACUAGGUUUGAAAAGUUACGCGAGCAAGGUUCCAAAGGAAAGAGGGCUAAUGCACUUAUCCUAGAAGAAUUUCAAUGGGAUAAUGAAUGGGUUGAUGUUACUGCUGAAUUGGUUCAUCAAAAUGACGCUAUGGACGAUGACAAUCCACUACUUUGGUCCCAUGUUGAUCAGGCCGUUGGCGCGACCGAUGGUCUAAGUGGACGCCAUCUUCCAAGGAGGGCUCGUGGUGAUUUCAGUGAGUCUAGUCCUCCCGCUGGCUCUAAUAUCUUUUACACUCGAAGGACAAGUGUGGUUGUCCAUGAUGAAGACUUGCGGGCUGAAUUGGAAGCUGAAGAUAUUGAUAGUGACAUGGAGACCAAUGGUGAAGACAAUGAUGGCCCUACACGAGCAAAUGAUAUAGACCCUGAUUUUCAGCUGGAUAUAGAUCUGGAUUGAUUUGAGGGCUAAGGCUACAAGAUUUCUUUUGCUGGACUGGACUUGUUGCUUGUGGUGUUGUUGAACCUUUCUUUUGUAAUUCAGACUUUGAUGUUAGACUACAUGUUGAACCUUAUGUUGGUCUUGUGAAGUUGUCACACUAAGGUGUCCUGCUAUGUUUGCAAUUGCAUAUGGAUUAUGGA